CGAGGUUAGUCGCCGUUCGGCAGCGUUUCGCCAACGGUGUUUUUCGUCGCUCCAAAAGCCCGACCAAGAGCUGAAGACCGCGCACGUCGCACGCACUACGCACACUCCGUGACCUCGCCGCUCCCUACGCGAGACAUGGAUCUCAGGAUAGCCCUAUGUUUUCUGCUUUGUGCAACCUAUACAACUUUUGCGGAAGUAGACAUAAUCACAGAACCAAGACCAGGUGAAGAAUAUGUCCAUGUAACCUCUGGACAACAGACACCUUUGAGAAAUUUUGAAACUGCUCACAAAAUUCCAGAGAAACAUCCCAAUCAUAGACUUACUAAACAAGAAGAUGCUAAUGAAAAAAUAUUUAAAAAACUGCACAGUGGCAAAGUCAAACAUGCGUCAGAAGGAAUUAUAUCGAUCGAGGAAGAUAAAAAAGCUCAAAUAAAAAAGGGGCAGAAACUUAAGGCGGCGGAAUCUAUAGAAAUUGACGUACCUGUUUCGAAAUUGGAAGAUAUUAGAAUCAAGGAAAAUAUUAAAGAUGUAGACACAAACCCGAAAUUGGCAGUAGCUUUAGAAGCCAUGUCGGAAUCAGGAAAACUAAGCAAAAGCGCAGGAACAACUACACAAAGGCCAAUUUUAACUACAACCGCUCCAGCUGCAAAUAAAGGUUUUGAUUACAUUCCCAUAAAUUUCGAUACCAUCGACGAUAUAAAUAGUGGUCUAUUGUCCUCGAAUGUUAAACUGGAAACUGCUGGGUCAGAACAAAAACAACAUUCACGAAUUCAAAUAAAGAAAGGCCCUAAUGGUAAAGAUUAUGAGUAUGAGUACAUUUACUACUACUACGAUGAAGAAGAAGAAGGCAAAACGGGAAGUAAGGAUAAACUGACUAGUUCGGAAGUUCCUGUACAUAACUCCCAUGAUGGCCCGCAAAAGCCUGAGACAGAAAAUCAAAUUGCUAAGGAUAGUAGAACAAAAAGUAAAUAUACUCCAAUCGAUAGAUCUACUACAACCACAACAGUUGCAACACCUGAAGUUCAAAAUGAAGUUUACAGUGGUUCUGGGAGAGGGCGAUCGAGAGGAAGAAAUAUUGCUCCUGCACCAGUCCAAGAAGAAGCAGUUGAAAGAUUACCGUCAAGCACACGUUUUCCACCUCGGGGACGUGGUUUUGGCGCCACGAGUUCUACUACAAAAUAUGUAACCGAAGCGACAUCAGAAGAUCCGAAACAACGUGGUAGAACACAAAUUGAUAGUGUUGCUGAUGAAUCAAUUGGUCAAACCAGGAGUAGGACACGUGCUCAUAUAAGACGACCAAGUUCAGAACUCGUCGACCUCGAUAGUUUCAAGACACAUUCAGGUGACAUUCGCGCUCAGUAUAAAGAACCUCCAUCGAGAUAUUCAACGGAAAGUAAGACUACAACUGAUGCAGCUGAAGCCCCAAAUGCAAGAGAGUUGUCUCAUUCUAAGGAUUCACAAAGAGAAGCUCACAGUAUUUCAAGUGGCAUAAUAUUUCAAGAAAUAAUAGAUGAUUCUAAACUUCCUUCUGACUAUAAACACACUACACCCGUCGAACAAGACACCACGGAAUACACCACUAUGACUGCAAUGGAAAAAGUGGCACUUGAUUUAUACGCAUAUCUAGCAGGCGAAAAUUUGAAUAACGAAAUAAACCCGUCGAUUGACGCUUUAAGCUUUGACGGAUCUACUACAGUAGAGGAUGAUACGUGGACAACUGAAGCGGUGACCACAACAGAAGUGGAAACCACACCCACUACAACUACAACAACUACGACAACAACAACUACGACGACCACUACUACUCCAGCGCCAACGACCACGUCUACAACGGUUGCACCAACACGCCCUUCACGCUUCAAAUCACGUCCUGGAGCAAGGGCUCGUGGUUCGGUACCUUCCAGUGCUGCAACUGAAGCACCACAAGAUACUUCAACUAAAGCGCGAGGUCGAUUUGGGAAGCCUACUGGAGUUCGAAAGACGACAGCCGCUGCAGUGGAAGCAAGCUCAUCAGCCCCCGUCGAAAAGCCAGUAUCACAACCUAAGGCGUUUGGGCGUCGUGGAGGUUUGUUUGCUGGACGCAACCGGCCCGUAUUGUCGACGGCAGCACCAUCUUCGGAAGGAAGCAGCGUAGCCAGUGAGGCGCCUGCCCCAAGAGCUCGCCUACGUCCUGGAUUAAGAAGGAUUGGCUCUACAACUGCUGCGGCUUCCUCUGCCGAAGUCAGUGAAGGCACAUCUCCCAGCCCUAGCUCUGCUGCAUCUGGGGAGGUUGUUGAAACUACACCCACUCCUAGCAGAACUAUUGGCCGCAAACCAGGCUUGAGACCUGCAUCUUUACGACCAGGGCCUAGGUUAAACCUGAGGCCCAGUCCCCGACUUAGACCAGGUGCAGCCAGUGUGGCCACAACCGAAGCACCUUCAGAAGCUCCAGGAGAAACUUCUGCACCGGAGUCCCCAGCGACCGAUGCUGAAUCCGAGGGAUCUUCACCGACCCCAGCACCCGAGGUGUCUCGUGGUGGAAUCAAGCUCCGCAAUAGACUGCAGGUGUCACCGUCACCAAAGCCUCGCGUAGCAGCAACUCCACCUGCUCGCAGGCCCAAUCCUCUUUUAAAGAGGAAGUCACCUUCCACUGAGGCAACAACUGAAGCACCAAAGAAGGCAUCAUCAGAGACGACGGAGGAAAGCGUCAGUGACGAGAAAUCCGAGACUGAGACGGAGGCCGCUGCGGUUCCAGUCGAGACCACGGCCGCCCCCCCUCUUAGAGGACUCGAUGCAUUGAUAGCGAGGCGACGUGCUGCCGGAGUAGGAGCCCGACCUGCCAGACCCGUCAGGGGCGCUAAAUUACAUAACUAGUGCUAAAAUCUCCUGACAUGACACUAAUUACAAUCAUGAAACUUCUAGCCCCAACUAUUUAUAGCGAAGUUCCAGUAGGUCAUGUCAGUUAGUCAAUUUAAAACUCCUCUUUAUACUGGAAUAUCUAUGAUCUUAUAUUUUUCAUACUCAUUCUUUAUACAGGUAGUUUAGAUUAUUCUAAGAAUUUCAGUCCUUGAUACAGUAGCCUCCUCAAGGACUUUACUCAAUAAUUUAAUUAUACGUGUUAUGUACAUAUUAGAUUAAAAUGUAAUUACAAGAACCAAGUACACUUUGAAUACUUUUUAUUAGAAUCUGGAAGCUUUUCAGUUGAUUGUUUUUCGUAUGCCAUGCAAUGCCUUUAAAUUUCCGUUUACCUUUAGAGGUUUUCUUUAAUUUGAAAUCAUGUCAUCACUGCGUUAGGUUUAUUUUCAAUAUUAUACUCAGUUUUUAUUUAUUAUUUAGUGAUGGACAUUAUUCUGGCAUUCACUGAUAAAUACGGCACAAGUCGCAACUACUGAAGCACUGAGUGCCAUCGUGAUAUGUUUUGUAUCUUUUUGUAAGUGUGAUAAUAUUCUUAAUAAUAAUAAGAUAAUGUUUAA